UGUAGGUAACUCUCCUGCUGUUGCACUUUUACGGGAGAUCUUCAUGAGCCGCAGAAACAAAGGGUGAUUCAGCUACAGACACAGAAAGGAGAAAACACACAUUGUUCUAGUGCAAGCUGUGUGCAGUGGCAUCCACAGAGACUUUGGAAGAUGAACUCUUCCUUGGCUGAUACGAUCCUUAUUAUUCAUUCCUGUUUAUACCAAGCUUCAGUAAUUUUUUGUUAAGAUAAUACCUGUUAUGGUGGGACCCAGAGCUCUUCUGGGGUCCUGAGCUACUACUGCAAUAGAGUUAAUAGUGAUGGAUAUUCCUUUUUAAAGGAGCAGAGAAAUAAGGUUCAGUUGUUAAUAUGAUAGCUUGAUAGUUCACUGAAAAAGAACAGUUCUUCAAUUUCAGGUCAGCUUUGCUUAUCUUUACAACGUAUUUGCUUCCAUUGUCACAGCUACGUUCUGUUGCCAUAGAUUUUGUGUGCUGGAAGCUCUGCCUCUGGGCACAGACUUAACUGAGAGUUUGGGAUCUUGUUAUUCCUCACUCUGGUUUGAACAAUUCAGUUUGCUCCAGGUGAAGCUGCCAGGGGUGAAGCACUUUACUGCCCGCUGCCCAGGAUAGCUGGGAACUGACAUUUCUUACAUAUCCCUGUACUGUUUGCCCGCUGCUCUUCAUUGUGCCUUAAUAUGUUAGUGCCACUGUGGUUGUUGUGGGGUCUUCCAGGGGUGUGGAGGGGUGAAUAAUCACACAGAGUGCAACAGGCCUGACGUGGCCUGUGAGCAUGAGAAAAGUGCACCACGUUCAGAAAACCAGAGUAUGGAGAUCUGUGGUGAGAGAGUGUGCCUUAAUUCAUAAAUGUGACAAAGGAAACUUACAGGUACGAAGUCAAAUUGACUCUUUUUUUUCUUUUUUUUUUUUUUUUUUUUGGAAAAGCAUUUGUCUGUGAGAAAAUUAUAUUUUAAGUGUAGGUUUUUUGCUGUCAAAGGGUGGUUUUGCUGUCAAAUAUUGUUUAUGAGACUUAGGAGUGCUGUAGCUGCUGAGAACCAAUGGCAAGUAUGACCUGCUUGGAAAAAACCACGACUGGCUGCUGAUUAACUCUUAAGUAUUUUCCUAGUGGUUCACUUAUACUGUGGAAUUAAAAUAAUGCUUAGGAAACGAUGAAGAGUUCUUUAAAGCUCAGUGGAAGCAUAUUAACUAGUUAAUCCUGGUCAAUGCACUGUGAAGAACAUUAUCCCAAGCUGCAAAUGAGGAUAUAGGAAGUGACUCUUGGGCCACUGCUGAUGUGAGUCACUGUCACAGUCAAGAUCACAGCCCAGGGUUUUGGCUUGUGCUUCUGAAAUUCACUGUGGAUUUUUUUAUUAAGCUGUGUGGGGUCUGAUCCUCUUGAGGAUGCUGUCAUUAGAGAGUCCCUGUAAUAGGUUAAUUGCACAUUAACUUCAAAGUCUGGACAUGUUUUUUAGUUGAUGGGUGUCAUGGAAAAAUGCUUGUAAAUGUUCUUUGUUCCUUGUCUUGCUUGUUAGAUUUUAUUGAUAUGUGAAGUUGAGGUUUUGUAGGAACUGACAUUUCAGGAGUGUUUCCAAAGGGCAGCAAGAAAAUGUCAUUGUGUGGAUCCUCCCAGGCAGCACGUGGAGAGCCAGCCUUGCUUUUUGCUUGUCCUUUAGGAGAGCACUCUGCAGCCUGCAUGGUCAGAGAGGCUUUUCAUUUGGGCAGCACCUGUGCAGGGCUGCCAGCAGCCAGGCUUGGCUUGGGAAAGGACAAAAGCCAGCCUUGCCUACAAGCACGGCGCUGCUGUCAGCUCCUGCUCUGUGGGCUGCGCCCCACAGCCCUACAACCUUGUCAUUUUUACAGUUUCUCUUCCUAAACAAAGUGAGGUUUUUGCUGCCUAGGAAGGGGAUGUUUCUUGGAUGGGAUCACUGGAGCAGAGAUCCCUGCAGAAUGUUCCUCAUAUGGGUCAUGAAGGAAAAGAGCUUUAAAUCAGUUGAUAGUUUUUAGCUAUAAUUUUUAGAGCUGUUGUUCCCAGCAGGAAUUUGUCAGGCGCACGGAGCCACGGGCUGUGGUGAGCUGCGGUGACGAAGGAUGUCUGAGUGAGGCACCUCCCUGUGACACAGCCCUCAGAGGAAGGCCCUGAUGGCCUCCUGAGACACAGGGAGAUGGGCUGGUUGUGCAGUGUCUGGCCCAGGAACCAGCUGUGUUUGCCCGACAGGUUAAAUUCACGCGCUCCCAUGAGCCGCGUUAAACGCGCAGCAGUUCCUGCCCAGCACGUAUUUCACAUGUUGUGAUUUGAUUUACCAGAAGAACAGUGUUAAAGAGUGCCAUUAUUUUUGCUGUUUGUUUCGUUCUGUAUUUACAAGUAUUAUUUAGGAAAAGUGCAAGUUUUCCUGGACAUGUUUUCACUUUAUUUUCCAUUGUUUAUAAUAAAUUACCGCUUUUUUGUCAGAUUUUUAAAAGGUGCAAAAGUGAAAUAUGUUCUAAAUUGUUGUUUGUCACCAAAUUUUGUAACUUUUAGUUAAAUUACAAAUUCCCUAUAGAAGCUAGGAAGAAAAGCGAGUCAUAUGUGUAGAAAAAAUAGUAAUAGAUUUCAGGUUGAUGUUUUUCUAAAUAUUAUGGAGUUUUAUUUCUGUGUUUGGGAAUGCCUCAUGUAACAAGGUUUGGGUUGACUUGAUGAGAAAAUUCCAGAAGUGAGCCUGGGAACUGAUUUAAAAUAAAGAGGAUGUAGUUGUACAAAGAAGGGCUGGAGUUGUGCAAGCAGAUGCUGCUGUUCUGUUCCACCUUUUCCUCUGUCGACCUCCUUGUGCAAUGGAGAAGUUGUGUGAAUAAAUGUGUAAUUUGGACAUAAUAGCCUUCUCUCUAACAGCCUUCUCUGUGUUUUGAAGGGGAAGCAAAAAUGAAUAUAUUCACAUUUUUAUUCAGUCAGGGCAACUGAAUGUUAACCAUGUGGAAAAUUGUGACGACUUUUGCUGUGGGACAUGGUUGUUUCUUUCAAAAUUGUGCUGGGGCACUUUGGGGAAUGCUUCUCCAGAGUCACCGAACAGAAAACACAACUGCCUCCAGGAGCCUCUGUGUUGCUUACCUUGAGAGGCUUUCCUGGAUUGCUUGCUGUAAAAGCCUUUUGGGUUUCUAGAUGGAGGCUCACAGGAUUUUCCUUUGGAGCUCCUCCAAUAUGAAGAGCCCUUUCCAUUGGAUUUAUGAAGACCUCAGUUUGCUCACAUCCAGAAAGUGAAUUGUAAUCAGUGUUUUCAUUCCAUCAUGGGGGAGCUGUUCACACUCAGAGGUCUGGGGUUUGGAUGUCUUGAUUUAACCCAGCCAGCAACUCAGGCAGCUGCUUGCUCACUCCACCACAAGGACGGGGGAGAGAAUCCCCAGAGUAAUAGUGACAAAACUCGUGGGCUGAGAUGAAGACAGUUCAGUAGAUGAAGCUGAACAAGGAACUCGGCCACCCCUUCCCACGGGCAGGUAGUUGUUUAGCCAUCUCCAGGAGAGCAGGGCUCCCUCACACAUAACUGACUUGAGAAGACAAAUGCCAUCCCUCCGAGGUCCCCCCUGCUUUCUCCUUCUCCCUGCUUUACACACUCAGCAUGGUGCCAGUGGGCUGGACUGUCCCUUGGGGUAGGUUGGGAUCAGCUGUGCCUCCUCCCAGCUCACUGUGUACCCCCAGCCCCCUCGCUGGUGAGGAGCUGCAAGGAGCAGAAAAGGCCUUGGCUCUGUGCAAGCCCUGCUCUGCAAUAACCCAGCUAUCUCUGUCCUAUCAACACCUUUUCCAGCACAAACCCAAAAUGUACUAACCACCAUGAGGAAAACUGACCCUGCCCCAGCCAAAGGCAGCACAGGGCGUUGCUGAACAGAAAAUAGAAUUGCUUAACGAGGUUGGUGACUCAUUACACCCCAGAUGAGUACAGCACAGAGAGGAUGCAUCACGGCCACUAAUCUCCUCAGGAACUGCUCCUCGGUGCAGCCUGGAAGGGAGCAGAGGGUGGAGUUCAGCCUUUCAGUCAUCCUGAACUGAGGCUUGCCUCCUUGCUUUCAAGUUUGUCAUCUUCUUUCCACCCAGUGUGUGAUGGAAGCGGGAGUAUCUCUCUCUAAAACUCAUAACAAAAAACCCAAUGAAGAAUAAGCAACUUUUUAUUUUUUUGUAUUAGAAAUUUCUUUAUAUCCUGUUUUCACUGUCUUUACACCAAUGGUUGAAAGCAGUAUUUGGUCUGUGACUUUACAGGAGAGGGAAAACCGCAGGCUCCAAGAAGCAAGCAUGAGGCUGGAGCAGGAGAACGAUGACCUUGCCCACGAGCUUGUAACCAGCAAAAUUGCCUUACGGAAUGACCUGGACCAGGCUGAAGACAAAGCAGAUGUUUUGAACAAGGAACUUCUCCUGACCAAACAGAAGCUGGUGGAGACUGAGGAAGAGAAAAGGAAGCAGGAAGAGGAAACUGCUCAGCUGAAGGAAGUCUUCAGGAAGCAGCUGGAGAAGGCAGAAUCUGAGAUCAAGAAAACCACAGCCAUUAUUGCAGAGUAUAAACAGAUUUGUUCCCAGCUGAGUACCAGGCUGGAGAAACAGCAAGCGGCCAGUAAGGAUGAACUGGAAGUUGUGAAGGGUAAAGUGAUGGCCUGCAAACACUGCAGUGAGAUUUUCAGCAAGGAGGGGGCACUGAAGGUGCCUGCUGUAAGCACGGACAACAAAGGCAUCGAAACAGAUGAUGAGAAGGAUGCACUGAAGAAGCAGCUGAGAGAGAUGGAGCUGGAGCUUGCACAGACCAAACUGCAGCUUGUGGAAGCCAAGUGCAAAAUUCAGGAGCUGGAGCACCAGAGAGGAGCCCUUAUGAAUGAAAUCCAAGCUGCCAAAAACUCUUGGUUUAGCAAAACCCUGAACUCUAUCAAAACGGCCACAGGCACGCAGGCACCGCCGCAGCCGCAGCCGCCCGUGCCUCCCAGAGAGGGCAGCACAUAGUUCAGCCACGGCCGGCUCAAGAGCACAAAGAACAACUCAGCUGAAACCCUGGGGGAUUCUUCCUGUGGUCUCUCCUCCUGGGCAAAGGACAAUGAGGCAGGAGUGCAGGCUUGAAGUGAAAUUCUUCAGUGUUUUUCAUUCGUUUUCUGAUGUGACCCUUCUCAAAGGGGAAAAAAAAAAGUCCUGGUUUAUGUUGAAUUCCUACUUCCCAUACUGCCUUGCUGAAAGCCACGUUCUGAUACCUUCAUACUUUUACACUUUAUUUUAUAUGACUAGAUGUUAAAUAAAUAUUUCAAAACUAGGUCUUUAAUACACAUCUAAUUUGAAAUUAUUAUUGUCUUGCAUAGAAGGUUUUUCUUCUUCUGGAGGAAGAGAGAGAAUGGAAAAUGUACAGUACUGCAGCAUAAUCUCUCCCUAGAAAGCACAGUGUAAGACCUUGAGGAUAACCUAGGCCCUGGGACCAUCUCAGAAGUUUAUCACAGCAGCUGCAUCCUGCAGAGAAGCACUUUUUGUAAAGCUUAGGCCAUGGCAAAGAUAGGCUUGUGCUCUCCUGGCACAAUUGCUAUGAGCUUCCCUUACAACUUCUUCGUUUGGAUUGCUUUCUCUUCAGAAAUACACUUAGUGCAGUUUUUGUAACACUCUCGUUUAAAGGCUAUUUACAGCCCAACUGGAAUUUAACAUAAAGUUCCCUAGUUCCCUUUUUUUAAUUCAUGUUUAUAUUUUAAGAAUUCCAAGGAAUAAUGCCUUCCACUGGGAUAAAGGGAGAACCGUUUUGACACUUAUUUGAUGUUUUUGCUGAGAAGCAGAGUGGAGACCUUGCAUGGUUUUGACCUUUUGUAAAUCCUGUGCAAUAAAGGGUAGGUUUUAUGAAUAAAAGUAAUGAAAACCCUGCCCUGGGUCUAUAUUCAGAUUCCAAAUUUGACACAGAAAUGAGGUAUCAGAUAAAACACCCAAGAGGCUUGCGCUGCACUGAUGAAUAAAAUACCACAGAAACAAGAUCUGUUUGCUAGAAGUGAUUGGUUAGGAAACACUUUGUUGGUAUUACUUAUUUUUAUAAAAACAAGCAUUUUCAAGUGGAAUACAAGCCCUAGACUUUCCUGUGGGGGUAGACUUCUCUGAUGAUUCCCAAACCUGUCUGGUGGUUUUAUAUCUCUUAAGGUAAGAAAGUUCAAAAGCAUUUGUUUUGACUAAACAUAAAGUGUUCAUAGAAAUACUUAUUUCAUGGAAAAUUAAACUAUUGCUUGAACUGAUGGAAUAUUUUUUUAAUUAUAUACGUGUCAUGUCUGAAGAUGGUCUUGCAGGUAAAUGUCAUUGCUGGACUGAAUGUUGUGUAUUAAUUGUUUCAUUUACAAGAUUUUUCCAGGGACACUAGUUCUGUUUUGAUCUCUUUUUUUUAAUUCUAAGGAAUGCCAUACGUUGUCAGUUUUGUACAAUAAAAUUUAAUAAUACCCAUCUUGUGCUUUGUUGUCAAGCAUAAUUGUGAAUUAUUUUCAACAGGGUAGUACAAAUUUAAUGUUACCAGUGCCAAAGGAAAAAUUCCAAAAGGCAGUCAGUGAUAGAAGUAGAGAUCAAAAUAUAAUCACCAUCCUGACACAAUUCUCUCUUCUAAGAAUAAGGAGUUAAAAACUUUAAUAUUUUAAAAUGUACCUUCAAGAACAGUGAUUAUCUGGAAUUAUUAAUACAGUGAGGAACAAAAGGGGGGAAAACAGAAGGUAUUUCUUUUGCAAAUGUUAUCAAAGGUCUUUUUCCCUUGUCACUGUCUUGCUCAUAAUAUUUGCAUAAAUGUUUCCAUUCUCUCGACUGACUAAACCCAGUGUUAGUCAUUCACUUACCAGUUCUGCUUCACAUUCGGAACAUGAAUCUGAAUUCAUAAUAAAUCUGAAGUGACAUUUAAGGAUACCUGGUGAACAUCUGAUUGGUGCAUUUGAGAGUACUGUGUCCGUGAGGGAAACUGGUUAUUUGACAAGUGUCUGAAUUUCUCGUUUCAUUUAUCUUAAAUCAUACUUACAAGUGGAUUUAAAACCGUGAUUGGAAAAUUGCAGUAAGAAUGAGUGAAGAAAUGUGUUAGGCUGUGAUUCCCUGAGCAGAUGAGUUAAGAGCUCACUCCUGCUCCCCCCUCCAGCCCCGCAUUGUACAGUCCUGUCCCUUGUCCUUGUUGUAGUAUGUGCUGGAGAUAAUUAAAAACAACAACAAAAGAAGAUGUGGGUGGAUUUAUCCCCCUGCAGUUCAUCUUUUGUCAAGUGAAUGAGUUAAAUCACCUCAAAGGUCCAAUGAGCAGAUCGUGGGAGUGGGACUCUCCAAAUUCAUCAAAAAGGAACUGGUAAAUAAGGUCACCACGUUUCACAGAAUGAACCUUGACACAACAUUCAUCUCCAGAGUGUAGAUGCUUUCUGACUUUGGAAGUUGAGUUUCAGGAGCAAAACCACAUUUGCUCCCUGCUGGCCGUGAUGAUUUCAAACCCUUUUAAGGAUGGAAGCUGGCUUACCUCACUUCUGAAAGGAAGUUUCAGAAAGCAGUGACCCUGAAGGCAGUAAACAAGUUCCACCUCCCAGCUGUAGAUCCACAGUAGCAUUUGUAGCAACGGUAUCUGGAAGAGCAAUAUUGAGGUGGAAACUGCAUCUUCUCAGCAUUACUGAGAGAGUAAGAAAAUAGCUCCGUGGCAUUAUCUUGAUCAAUAUUCAGAAUGAAGGAAAGGAGCAGGACUCCAUGAUUAAACCAGUCCAGCUAAAAUUCUGUCUACUGACUGUAGAUGCUAUUGGGAAAUUUAGUUUCCUGCAAGAAAAGAGAUCUCUGUGUGACAGAACUACCUACACACAUAUCCUUGGUGGAUUUGUCAGGGAUAGCUGGCUUAUUGCUCAGCUUUUCAGCAGGAAACAUCAUCAAGGUCUCACUGUUGUUUCCAUGUGGCACUGGAACAGCUAACACAGCUCCUAAGUCUGGAGUGAUCAACCCUUUUUCCCUGAGUCUGUAGUAAACUAUGUGUUCAGAUCAAACUUUUAUUAAAAUUAAUUUGAAUUUUAUAAAUAUAUAUGUGGAACUAAAACCUAUUUUUAAAUUUUAUUAAGAAUGCACCAUUCUGAAAUAAAGUCUUUACUUUGAUUAGGAACAAACCUCCAAAGAAUAUUUUUACUACAACUUUUAUCUUGUUGGACUAUAAUCUCUUCCUGAGAUGCCCAAUAUGGGGGGGG